AUGGGAUCAGAAGGACCGAAGAGUGUUGUCAUUCAUGUGAGUGGAUUCAAGAAGUUCCAAGGCGUUGCUGAGAAUCCCACAGAGACCAUAGUUAAGAAUCUAAAAGGCUUCGUUGAGAAGAAAGAGUUGCCUGCUGGUCUUACUCUGGGCAGCUGCACUGUUCUUGAGACCGCAGGAGAUGGCGCACGUCCUGCUCUUUACAAGACCAUGGAUUCCGGCGUUUCAACAACUGAUUCUACCACCAAUGAACAAGUCGUAUGGGUCAGUGUCUCAUUUAUGAUUGCUAAAUUGACUUUCCUUUUGGAGGUUUGA